AUGUCUAUUAGCGAUAAAGUUAAUGAAGCCUUUUGUUGGUUAAAAGAAGAAUUUGAUGAAAUAAUUAAUGACAUUGAAUUUGAAAAAGGAGAAAUAAAUUUAAAUGAAAUUUGUUUGAAAUUGAAUAAUAAACUAAGAAGUAUAAAUAGUAUUAAUUGUUUAGAUGAUAAUAAAAAGGAAUAUAUUGACAUUAUAAAUAUAGUGAGCUGGAAUAACUUGAAUUAUUGUUUAUUUCAUUAUGUUAAUAUUUAUAGUAAAAUUCAUGAAAGAUUAUUUAUUGAAGAAGAUGAUUUUUACUACAAUUUUGAUGAAGAUAAUUUUUAUGUAAGAAAAAAGUUUUCAAUUAAUUUAGCUUUUCAUCCUUUAAUAUAUACAAUUGAUGUAGCAUACUUUAAUUUUUUGUUUUCUUUUAUUUCUGAAAGUGGAAAUAAUAAUGAUGAUAAUAGUAACAGUAGAUCUUCUAAUAAAUUACAAAACAUAUCUAAUGAAUUAAUUUCUAAGAAAAAUAAUAAAAAAUCAAAAAUAACCUAUAUUUACAAUGAUGAUUUAAAUUUUAAGCAAAAUUUUAUAAUAAAUAAUCAUUCCUAUUCUAUGCUAAGUGAAAAAUAUCCUAUAAACUUUGAUAUAAGUAAAUAUUUAGAAAAUUCAGAAAUAUUAUAUAAUUUUGAUUCAAAAAAAUAUUUUCAUCAGAAACAUAUAAAAUAUGAAGAUAUAAAAGAAGAAGGGAAAAAAGAAGAAGAAGAAGAAGAAGAAGAAGAAGAAAAAGAAGAAAAAUAUGAAUUAAACAAUGAAAGUACAAACAUAUAUAGAACUAAUAUUAAUAAAGUAGAUACUUGUAACAUCAAAAAAAAUAAUAACAAUAAUAGUAAAAAUAAGGAUUUUAUUGAUUUAACUAAAUCGUAUAAUUAUUCUUUAGAAAAUAAAGUGUAUAUGAUUGAUAAAAGCAUUAAUCAAAAAAUAAAAGUAUAUAAUGGUGAUAUAACUAAAAUUAAUAGUCAAGCAAUUGUAUUAUUUGCAAACAAUAAUUAUAAGUUCUCAAAAUAUAUAUGUGAAAAUUUAUUUUCUUCAGAUUUAAUGAAAUUAGAAGAAGAAGAUAAAUUUGAAAUAAAAAAUAAAAAAAGUGGUGAAGUAUAUAUAACAAAUAGUUAUGACAAUAUACAUAAAUAUAUAUUACAUGUAAUGUUACCCAAAUAUAAUAGUAAAUUUAUUCUUGCAACACAUAAUACGAUGAAUUUAUGCGUUCAGGAAAUAUUAUAUGCAUGUUAUGAAAAAAAAAUUCAGUCUUUAUCUAUUCCAAUAGUAUCUUUUAAUUUAUUUUUUCCUAUAAAUAUUUUUUUAAUAACAUUAUUAAAAAGUAUUCGUUCCCUUAUUAUAUUACCACAGUUCUAUAACACUAUAAAAACUAUUUUAUUUGUUACUAACUCUAAUGAUAUUUAUUUUCUUUUAUUAAAAUAUGUCUCUAUCUUUUUUCCGAGAUGUGAUCAGGAAAAGUUCUUAUCCACUAACAUAUCAGUUAUAGGAAACAAAUUUGGAUCAGUUGAUGUAGAAAAUAGAAGUAUAAGAAUUUUCAAAAGUUUGAGAAGUAUUAGAAAAGCGAAAAGAAAGAAAACAAAAAAAAAAAAAAAAAAGAAAAAUUUAGAUAAGAUAAAUGAUUAUAAUACAUGUUACGAGAAUAAAAUAAUAAUUAAACAAAAUUUAAAUAAUAAAAAGUUAAAUUUUGAUGAAAAGGAGUCAUCUGAAGAAAAUGUAUCUGAUAAAAAUAUAUCUAGUGAAGAAAAUAAUUUCUCAUCAUCUAGUUAUAUUUCAUCAAAUAAAUCAUUAUUAACUAAUGAAAAUUCUGAUUAUUCUUCUUCAUCAGAAAUAUUCAAAGAAGCAGAUGCAGAAUUUUUAAAUUUAAAAUCAGAAAAUGAAAGUUACAAAAAUUUUUUUAAUUUAAAUCAAAUAAAUAAAAAUGAAGAUAUGAAUUUAGAAUAUUGUCUGAGAUUAAGUUAUAUGUAUGACAAAAGGGAAAAAUUUAAAGAAUUGAAAAAUACAUAUUUUAUUUAUGAAUAUGGAUUUGAUGAAUUAGGUAGAAAUGCAAUCGUUAUAAACUUUUUUAACUUACCUUUAGUAUAUAAUUACAAUUUAUUAUUCUUUUAUUUAAUAUUUUAUUUUAAUAAUUUUAUGAAAAAUCAUUUUGUACUAUUAUUCAUCUUUUCUGAAAAUAUAUCAUCAAACAUAACACACGUUUUAUCCUUAUUUAAAGAUAUCUUUCAAUUGAUUCAAGAAUUUUUAAAAAAUCUGAAAAUUAUUUAUUUUUUUAAUUAUUCUCUCAUGUUUAAAUUUUUUAUUUAUGUGCUCUACCCUUUUAUACCAUCCAAUAUUUAUCAAAAUAUUAUAUACAUAAAUGACACAGUAGAAUUAUCAAAGUAUUUUGAUGUUAAAAAAGCCUUGAGAAAAUAUUAA